AUGGCGUCAAGCCCCAUCGAACAAGCCCACGGCGUCGGGCCAGGGGGGAUGAUAGCACCCUGGGCGUCUGCCGUUGUCCAACAGUUUGAGGUCACACCCUCGCUGCUGCAGGACGCAACCAAUCUCUUUGUGCAGCAGCUCAGAGAGGGCCUGGCCCAGGAUGGGACCUCGCUUCUCCAGGUACCGUCAUAUGUGGCCAAGCUCCCGGAUGGGAGCGAAAAGGGCACCUGCCUAGCCGUCGACCUCGGCGGCACGAACCUGAGGGUCUGUUCGGUCGAGCUGCGCGGGGACUCGACCUACUCGGUGGCCAAGACCAAGGCCGCGAUCCCCGUGGCACUAAUGACGGCGCCGUCUUACAAAGACCUCUUCCGCUUCGUUGCCCAACAGGUCGAGGGAUUCCUGCUCGGCGCCUGGCCGGAGGGCGUUGAGGAGUGGCCGUGGCCGGAGAGGGUGCGAGAGUGGCGGGGAGUUUUGGCAUCACGGGAAGACGUGACCGGCGAGCUGCGCCGGAAGCACGCGCAUCCGUUGGGGUUCACCUUCAGCUUCACGUUCGACCAGCACGCCAUCGACCGGGGGACGCUCCUGUUCUGGACCAAGGCCUUCACCAUCAAGGACGCCGUGGGGCGGGACCCCUGCGCGAUGCUGCAGGAGGCCCUGGACGAGCAGGGGCUCCCGCUGGUGGUCGCGGCGCUCGCGAACGACACCGUCGGGGCGCUGGCCGCGCGGGCCUACUCGGCGGGUGCAUCCGCGAGGCGCGGCAACGGGGCCAAGACUGGAACAUGCAGCGGCACGCUACUGGGGGCCAUCUUUGGGACCGGCACCAACGGGGCGUACAUGGAGCGGCUCGAGAACAUUACCAAGCUGCACUCCCAGGAGCAGUUUGCCGACCCGGAGCGGCGGCGGGGCCGGCUCCAGGCACUCAACACCGAGUGGGGAGGAUUUGACGGCAAGCUGGAGGUGCUGCCGGUCACGCGCUACGACGCGGCGCUGGACCGGGACUCGGCGAACCCGGACGACCAGCACUUUGAGAAGCGCAUCUCGGGCAUGUAUCUGGGCGAGAUCAUGCGGCUGGUCCUGGUGGACGGCUGUGGCCCAGGCGGCGGGCUCGAGGGACUGAGGGUGCCGCCCACGUCGAGGCUGUUCGUCCCAAACUCGAUCGACAGCUCGUUCCUGUCGGCGCUGGUGAGCGACAGGACGGCAGGGCUCGACUCGGCCCGCGGCGAGAUCGAGGGCGUGCUCGGCGUGAGCGACGUGGCGACGGCGGACGCAGAGGCCAUCAGAUUGGUGGCGGAGGCGAUCGGCCGCCGAGCAGCCAGGCUUUCAGCCGUCGCGGUUGCCGGCGUGGUCAUCCAGUCGGGGCGAGGCAGCCAAGGGGACCAGACCGCGGCCGGCGCAGCGUGGGGGGUCUUGGCGUCCCUGGGGGUGUUCCGAGCCGUGCUGCUUGGGAUCGCUAGGCGGCUCGCCUCCUGGCUGGGGCUCGACGUGAUAGGCCGACCGGCCACCUCAUCCCUGCCGCGCCAGGAUGAUAACGAAGACGGGACGGAUAGCAGCAGCAGCAGCAGUAGUGGCGGCGGUGGCGAGGAGAUCGACAUCGGGGUCGACGGGUCCCUGUUCGAGCAUUUCCCUGGUUUCGAGGGCAACAUGCGCGCCGCUCUGCGCGAGAUGUCGGGGAUCGGGAAGAUGGCGGAGCAAAGGGUCCGAAUGAGCAUGGCCAAGGAUGGUUCAAGUGUUGGGGCGGCGCUGAUUGCCUGGACGGUGGCACAAUCACAAUGCAGCUGA